AUGGAGCCGCGUCCGCCUGGGACCGAGCCCCCGCUGCCCCGGGGUCCGGGACCGGGGCCCGAACCGGAGCUGGACCCGGAGCCGGCUUUACAACGGGAGCCAGAACCGGAGCUGGAACCGGAACCCGAGCUAGACCUGGAACGGGAGCCGGACCUGGAACAGGAGCCGGACCUGGCCUCGGACCCGGAGCUGGAGCAAUGGGCACUUGAGGCCGCCGCUCCCGGCGCGGGGCCGCCGCCCUGGUGCCCGGGGGAGGCCGCGGGCAGCCCGGUCCCGGAGGGCCCCGCCGAGCCCCCGCCGGAGGAGGAGCCGCGCCUCCGGCCGGUCUUCGACGCCCUGGACCGCGACGGCGAUGGCUUCGUGCGCGUCGAGGAGUUCGUGCAGUUCGCCACGGCCUACGGCGCCGAGCAGGUAAAGGACCUAACGAAAUACCUGGAUCCCAGUGGAUUGGGAGUUAUCAGCUUUGAAGAUUUCCAUCGGGGGAUCAGAGCCAUCAAAAAUGGAGACCCUGACAGCCAGCUGUAUGAUAUGGGAUAUACCCCCGAGGAGGAAGCCCCGGCCUGUCCUGAUGAGUUUGAUGACUUCGUCACGUUUGAGGCAAGUAUGAGCUCUGCAAAUGAGGUGACUGACAGUGCCUACAUGGGCUCGGAGAGCACCUACAGCGAGUGUGAGACCUUCACAGAUGAGGACACCAGCACCCUGGUCCAGCACGAGAUGCACGACGAGGUGGAGACCGACAGCGCCAUCGAUUCCACUGUGCACUCAGAAUUCACAGAUCCUAUCGAGGAGCCAGAGCAUGGGUCCCAUCCCCACGAGCUGGCCCUGGGCUCCGAGCUCAGCCACUCCAUCGUCACCGUCAUCAGCGGGGAGGAGCACUUCGAGGAUUACGGGGAAGGCAACGAGGCCGACCUGUUCCCAGACCCUUUGUGUAAUGGGGAAAGCAGCUUUGGCAGCUCCUCCUUCCUCUCUCCCAGCACCAAUCCGCUCGCUGCGAAACUGCACAGCAUUCUCGCAGAUGAAGCUUUUGAGUUUUACUGUAGCCAGUGCCACAAACAAAUCAACCGCCUCGAGGAUCUUUCUGCUCGCCUGAAUGAUCUUGAAAUGAAUAGCCCAAAUAAAAGACUCUCCAGCAAGAAGGUGGCAAGGCAGCUGCACCAGACCAGCUCUCUGGCCGUGGGGGUGAUGGAGGAAUCCUACAGGGAGAACCUGGACUGCACCGACGAGGACAUCACUGACAAGGUGGUGUUCCUGGAGAAGCGGGUGACAGAGCUGGAGAAGGACACAGCUGCCAACGGGGAGCAGCACAGCCGCCUCCGGCAGGAGAACCUGCAGCUGGUGCACAGAGCAAACGCGCUCGAGGAGCAGCUGAAGGAGCAGGAGCUGCGGGCUGACCAGACCCUGCUGGAGGAAAUCAAGAAGCAGAGGGAGCUGCUCAGCAAAAUGGAGAGGGAGAAGAGCAUUGAGAUCGAGAACCUGCAGGCCAGGCUGCAGCAGCUGGAUGAUGAGAACAGUGAGCUGAGAUCCUGUGUCCCUUGUCUGAGAGCCAACAUCGAGAGGCUUGAGGAGGAGAAGCAGAAGCUGCUGGAUGAGAUCGAGGACCUCACUGUGCAGCUCACAGAGGAGCAGGAGAAAAAGAGGAAGAUGGGGGACAAGCUGAGUCAGGAGAGGCACCAGUUCCAGAAGGAGAAGGAGUCAACACAGGAGCUCAUCGAGGACCUCAGGAAGCAGCUGGAGCACCUGCAGCUCUUCAAGCUGGAGGCGGAACAGCGCAGGGGCCGGAGCAGCAGCAUGGGACUGCAGGAAUACAACAGCAGGACACGGGAGACAGAGCUGGAGCAGGAGAUCAAGCAGCUCAAGCAGGAUAACAGGAACCUGAAGGAGCAGAACGAUGAGCUGAAUGGGCAGAUCAUCAACCUGAGCAUCCAGGGAGCCAAGAACCUGUUCUCAGCCUCCUUCUCUGAGUCCCUGGCAGCGGAGAUCAGCUCUGUCUCCAGAGAUGAGCUCAUGGAAGCAAUCCAGAAGCAAGAGGAGAUCAACUUCCGCCUGCAGGAUUACAUCGACAGGAUCAUCGUGGCCAUCAUGGAGACCAACCCCUCCAUCUUGGAGGUCAAGUAA